AUGCGGCAGUAUUUCUGGAUUCUGUGCAUUGGAAUUCGACUUUCCAUUUGUGGUGAGCGAACGGUAUCUAUGUACGGAUAUGUCGAUGAGACUCAAAAUCACAUGUCAGUGACAUGUAAGGAUGCACUCGUAAAACGAAUGGAGGAGAGGUGCCGGCGACCGGGUUUUUACCCGGGUAACGGAAAACCUGUAGACUUCAAAGGCUGCAAUUUUACCUGUAGACUGCAAUCAGGUCCCACUACAAUCGAACAGCACGUAAAUUUGACGGAUGGUCUCCCCUGCGGGCCAAAGGGCCAAGUAUGCCAAGGCGGAAUAUGCGUCGGCGCCGGGAGUCAUGACACUAAACGUUGUCCAGAUUUGGUCCCGAAAGGGCCUUACGAGAGUUAA